CAGAGCUCGACACUCCCCCAUGGAGGAGAGGAAAAGAAGAGGAAGAUGCUGUCACCCUUAAUCACCGACCUAAAUGAAUGACCAUGGAGUCAUUGUGUAACCCCCUUGUGUAACUUAUGCAGCUUUCCUUGCAGCUUUCGGGGGGUCGUGCAGCAUGAUGAUGGCGUCUCCCUGCACGGAGCAAAGCGUGCAGGAGUUCCUGAUGGAGAGAGGAGGGAGGGUCCAACAGAUGGAGCUGAUGGAUCAUUUCCUCUCUGUUUCUCGGAAAAAUGACCAGUCGAAGGAAGGGGUGGAUGGCGAGGCGUUGAAAAGCAUCGUGGACAACGUGGGCUUCGUGGAGGUGGAGAACGACGUGACAUUUGUUUGUUUGAACCCUGAAGGCAGCGCGGAGUCGGUGGUGCGUGCAGACACGGGCGGCCGAGAUCAUGCAGAGUGCAAUGGUAACAUCCAGGAGACACUGGACAACCACUGUGUCAACGGGAACCCUGACACCGGAGAACAAACAGGAGCAACCAGCUCGAUGGCUGCCAGCCUGGACAAUGACAAACAGUCAAAUGGGAAUGGGCAACCUGCAGCCCCCUCCCAGAAUAUCAAGACCAGCACUGCUACCCCUGCAUCUGGUGGAGGAGGGGAGGUGAAGCUGAGAGACAGGAGAAGGCGGGAGUCUGCCCCCGUGAUUGGGAUUGGAGAUCUGGACCAGGCUCACCCUACCGGGUCCCACAGCCAGCAGGUGAGAGGGGCCCGCAGGGUGUCCAAGGGCUCCCAGCGGGCCCUGCUGACCAGCUGCCUCUCUGAAGACAGCGCCUGGGAUGGGCUGGACCCUGUUGGAGAUAUCAACACGCCCAAGGGAAGUCGCAGGAACUUCAUAGAGCUGAUGAUGAGUAGCUCCCCUCAGGUUCGGAGGUCUCUGAUGAGCCGCGGUUCACGUAUCCGGGACUCGGUGAAGAGCGAUGGGGAUUCGGCGUCGCUCCUCUCCUCAGCCACUGAUGAGGACUGCGCAUCGGUGACCCUGGACCCGCUGGAGCACGAGUGGAUGCUGUGCGCCUCAGAUGGAAUGUGGGAAAGCCUGCAGCCCCUCCUCGCUGUGGAGCCCAGCCUUGUGGCCAAAAGAGACUUUGUCACCGGCUUCACCUGCCUCCACUGGGCAGCUAAGCAGGGCAAAGCCGAGCUGGUCUCACAGCUGCUGGCCUUCUCCAAGGAGAACGCAAUACCUGUGAAUGUAAACGUGAGAUCAAGUGCUGGAUACACGCCGCUACACCUGGCAGCUAUGCAUGGACACACACAGGUGGUGCGGGUGCUGCUGUCGGACUGGGAGGCGGACCCUGAGGCUCGAGACUACAGCGGGAGGCGAGCCAUCCAGUACCUUUCCCCUCCGCUGGCUGCUGACCUGCAGGAGGAGGGAGUGGUCACAUCACCCGUGGCCGAGUCAGAAAACGGAAACACCAACAGCGGCAGUAGCGGAGGGCGUGGGUGGCGAUUUCCCAGGGUUCUCCAGGGCAAUCUGAACCCACUGCGGCUCCUGAACCCACCCUCCGAGGCAGCAGAGGACGGAGGCGUGACUGGGAGGACCAAAGGGGGGAUGCAGAGGAAGUCUUCUCUGAGCCGACUGAACGCCCGGCUGCACCGAGGACGCCACCGGGCCCAGAUCAUCCAUAGCGCCUCCUUCAGGGACACGGGGGAAGUCGGGAGAGGAGAGGAGCUCGCCAGCAGCCCUCUCCGAACCAGACCACUAUCCAACCUGUUUGGAUAAAGUUAUACAACUCUGAGAUACAAACCAGUUUCACAUGUGUCUAUUUACACACAAAAGGUUUACUCACCUUUAUAAGCUGACAGGUCAGACGUUUUAUGACCUAACUAACCGAACACAUCCUAAUUGACAGUAUGGUGUCAAGCUGAUUUUAAGGUUCAUUAUUAUAGAACCACAAAUUUAUAUUUCUCUGAAAAUCUAACUUAUUUUUGUUCCUAUUGCAGUUAUUAGCCUUUUGUUUGUCACUGAGGGCAGGUCACAGUUUAUGUAGCCUUUUUUUGCCACGAAAUUCAUUGAGUUAAAACUGAACUACUGCUCCCUGAAUUGCUUUUGAAUUUUUGAAUUUAUUUGUGGGUUUUCCUAUAAUUUUUUUUAUGCUCUGUUUUAGAGCAGGUAGCAAUCAGAACACCUUUUUUUUAAUUAACACUUUUCACUAGAACACAAACGAAUGCAAAAGCAACAAA